AUGACGGGGCCAACCGAAGUUCCUUCUCAUUCAACUGAAACGAUCAAGAUUCCAACAGCUCAUUAUGAGUUUGGUGCCAAUUAUUUUGACCCACAGUUGAUGCUUGUUGGAAGGGUUAUGACUCAUGGUAAACUAAAUGCUGGAGUGAAAGCGGAUUUGAAGGCAAAGGCUCAGCUGACAAACGAGCCACACUUCUCGCACGCAGUGUUCAACUUUGCUUACAUGGGGUCCGACUACAGCGCCCUAAUCGGAGCAACCUAUAUCCAGAGUGUGACACCUCGGCUAUCUUUGGGUGGUGAAGUUUUCUGGGCUGGUGUGCCUCGAAAGUCGGGUAUAGGCUAUGCAGCAAGAUACGAGACUGUUAAGGAUAAGCUGAUUCGUAUUCUGAGAAGCUCGAGUGCUGAUUCUUCUGUGGAGAGUGACGACGUCGAAGGAGAUCUUAUGAUGGAUUCUGCUAUUAUAAUUAGUUCAAGCAGUAGUUAUGUAGUGAUGACGAGUCACCACAGCCCGUUAUGGAAGAAGUUAGAACCAGGAGGAAUCCCUCAUGGCUUGGUGGCAACAGUAGCUUUUAUCAAAGGCUUGCAUCUGCAGCGAACAAUCAAGCUAAAGCUGGACAAACAAACCACGCUUCUUGCAAUGUGGCCUCCACUUCUACUACUCGUCCAGGGGACUCUAAGCAAUCUACAAAGGAUGGUAACACUUAUAAGUAGUGGCAGUGUGAGUCGCUUUGGUGGAGAUUAUAGUAGUCCAGCUGCAGGCAACAAGAGUACCUUUGGUGAUCGUCACCGUGGAGCUCAUACUGAGAUAGGAAUUCACCGUGGGAUUAAUGGUGUUAGGAUCCUGCCUCCAUCUAUGACGCAUGGAACAUCUGCUUCUCCGUUACAUUAUGGUGGUUCAAGUGAUCCAGUGCACAGGUCUUCUCUCGGUGAAGAUGGGAAUUCUGAGAAGGAUGAGACGCUCAUCUACCAGGCUGCACUACAGGAUCUGAAUCAACCCAAGACCGAAGUCGAUCUACGUCCUGGUACUCUGUCAGUUCCUCCUAUGAGGCACCAGGAAAUUGCAUUGGCGUGGAUGUUUCAGAAGGAAACAGAAAGCUUGAACUGUUCGGGAGGGAUAUUUGCAGAUGAUCAGGGACUUGGUAAGACAGUCUCGACAAUCGCUCUUAUCUUAAAGCAAAAGUUUGAGUCACAGCUAAACUCUGAGCUCAAGAUAUCAAGCAACAGUGAGACCAAGGUUAUGACUGCUGGUGGUAGUGAUGAGAAUGGCAGUUCAGAUAUGGAGAACGUCAACUGGGCAAGAGAACUGGAUGAGCAGGUGUCUGAUGAAUGCAAACUUUCUGUUUUAGUCUACCAUGGUGUUGUUACCAAUGAAGUUCCCAAAAGGCCUUUGGUGGAUGAGGAUGCGAACGAUGAAAAGAAUACUGAAAAACGUGGUCUUGCCUCUGGUGACUCCAUGAAUAGUUCAAAUGAUACUACCAUCCGGAGAGACACCACCACAAGGACUUCCUCGGAUGAAGAGGUAGAGAAGCUUAAAGCCGAGGUCGUUGCUCUGGCAAGGAGAGCGGAUCUUUCGGAGUUGGAGCUGCAGAGCCUGAGGAAACAAAUACGAAAAGACGAGGCCGAAAUUAGGAACAAGUUGCAUUUUGAAGGAAGUGAUCCGCAAGUUGUUUUAGAAGCAACUCAAGAAGAGCUUGAUUAUGAGAAGGAUCUGAAUUCCAAUCUACGGUUACAGUUGGAGAAGACGCAAGAUUCGAACACAGAGUUGAUCCUUGAUGUGCAAGAUCUUGAAGCAAUGUUGGGGCAGAAAAGACGUAAAAGGGCAGUCGAUUUUCCUAGACCAAGACCGUGCGAGAUUAACACCGAAGAAUCCAGGAGAAGAAGGUCUUGCACAAGUGAGACAGAUGAAGAAGAUGAGGAUCAAAAGGCAUUGGAUGAGCUUGUGAAGGGACACAUGGAUGCGAAAGAAGCGCAUGUUCUUGAGCGAAGGAUCACUGAUCUCUACAAUGAGAUAGAGAUCUAUAAACGAGACAAAGAAGACCUUGAGAUACAGGAACAAAUCAAAAUGAAGGAAAAGGCUUUGGAAGCCUCUUCGAAGAUGUUCGUCGAAAAGGAAAAAUAUUUGAUUACCGAAUCAAAGAGUUGGAGACUAGACUCAACAACCAAGAGACCGGAGAAUCUCUGCACUGUCAAGACGCUACUGCUUUGCAAAGCAGAGAAGUAUUGUCAUCGAACAAGAGCUAUUGAUGUUGAUCUUGAAGACUUGGUAAAAGAUGUAACGUGGCUUAAGAGAGUAAAAUGGAUUGAUGGAGACGGAGUUGAAGGAGAUGCAAGAGAGAUAUUCAGAGAUAAGUCUAAGAUUUGCAGAAGUUGA